AUGGGCGUUUUAUCUUUACUUUGUUGCUCAGCAUCUUCGGAUGACGGAGAAGAUAAGUACCUGACACGCAACCAGAAUGAGACUCAGAACCAAUCUGCAACUCAAACAAAACAACCUGAACAGUCAAAGAACCUGCAACAAUUGAAGCAGAGUCCACAACGAUCCUUGCUGCUGUCGCUGCAAAAAACCCAAUUGGCGGCUAACAACAAUAACUCACCAGCAACGAAUCAGAAUAAUAAGCAACCUACAUCACACAAAGCACCAUUGACGGCACCGGCACCGGCACCAGCACCAGCACCAGCACCACAUCCAACAUCAACAUCAACAUCACAGAGCGCGCAUAUUCCUACGACUACUCCUACUACCCCUACUCUAAACAACGCUACUUCCAAUGGUUCUGCAAAUGUCUCUCGAGAUAAAGUGCACCUGAAUGGUGUAUCGAAAACAAAUUCAGCAGCAAACAAUUAUGCAAAUGUGAACGAAACAGUACCGCUAAAGAAGAAGAAUCUUUUAGAUGAAGACGUCGACGACGACGAUCCAUCAAUACAUGAGACUGAUACAAUUACAAACACAAAUGGCGACUCGACCAACAAUACACCAAAAUCAUCCACAAACAAUGCUGAUUUGACACUGGACGUGCUUGCAAAAGAACAAAAACUAAAACAAGCCAAGCAGAACCCCGAUGCUGUAAGUGCCGGCGACGUAAUUGCCCAAGUCAGCCCCAAUGAACAACCACCGCCAAAGCCAACCAAUUUAACCGCCGGUAGCAACAGCAACAGCAACAACAACAGCAACAACAACAAUGGAAACCAAAUAGAUACAGAUGUAGAUGAGUAUUCCGAUGAUGAUGAUGAUGAUGAAGAAGAAGACGGCAAUGGUGCCAGGGAUGAUGUUUCUUAUAAGUCCGAAACAUCAACAUUGGAUCUCACGCGAUUGCAAACAGGACAAGCAUAUAACCAGGAAACAGGUUAUUUGUUGGGUCCCAAGCCACCCAAGUUGCAACACCGCAAGUGUCUUAUUCUCGACUUGGACGAGACUUUAGUCCAUUCAUCAUUCAAGUACCUUCGUACUGCGGACUUUGUCAUUCCUGUUGAGAUAGAUAACCAGGUCCAUCAUGUUUACGUUAUCAAAAGGCCCGGAGUUGAUGAGUUUUUGAGAAAAGUAGGUCAAUGGUAUGAAGUUGUGAUAUUCACUGCAUCGGUUUCAAAAUAUGGUGACCCGUUGCUAAACAAGUUGGAUCUGGGAAAUCUGGCUAUCCAUCAUCGCUUGUUCCGUGACUCGUGUUACAAUUAUCAAGGAAACUUUAUCAAAAAUUUGAGUCAAGUUGGCAGACCAUUGGAGGAUAUUAUCAUUAUAGAUAACUCUCCAGCGUCGUAUAUCUUCCACCCUGAUCAUUCAAUUCCAAUCAGUUCGUGGUUCAGUGACUCACAUGACAACGAGUUGUUGGAUUUGUUGCCCUUUUUGGAAGACUUGGCCAAGCCCAAUGUCGAUGAUGUUGCAUUGGUGUUGGAUAUCUCAUUGUAA